GUGAACAUAGAGUCAAUAUCACAAGUGGUCACACUGUAAGCAUUGGUGAAAUUUCUGGCAAGGCCACAGUUAACAGCUGUUAGUGGUAAAAUGAGCGGCGCGCCAGCAAGUGUGAUUGAAAUACAAACAAAAAACUCAUAUUUAAGUGCCGCAGAACUCAUUGCGCACCGCCAUGCAGAAGUUGAAUCCCCGCGAAUUGGUCUAAAACGAACCAACGUGGAAGGCAGCGCAGCCGAACAGGAGGAGCUUCAACAUGCAUAUGCAAAUUUACGCAGCGUAUUGUCAACGCGACGCAUCGAGCGACACACGGGACGUGCCAUUGGCGUGUGGCACAAGGAUCAACAGGCUGCUGAAGUGCUGCGCAAAGAUGGCAAAUUUGAGAGCUUUGGCUUCAACAGGCAAGGCAAACUCUAUUUGGAAUAUUACGAGGCACUAUUUCUCCUAGAAUUGAACCGUCUGCAAUUGGAAUAUUGCCAAAUGAUUGUCUCUGUGGAACAGGCCUAUUUAUUACUGCUGGGCGAGGAAUCCAGCGAGAAGUACAAUAAUUAUUUAGUGUACUCGGCCCUGUCACGUGCUGGAUACAUUGUGGUUAGGCAUCAAACAGCUUGCCAAGAUGCCCCAACUACUUCAACUGCAGCACCAAGCAGUGAGGAUUGCAUUUGGGCCCUCUUGGAGGAGUCUAUAAACAAUAAGCCAGCGCCUGAAUACAUCAAAGCAUCUCAUUAUUAUGUCACUGCGCAAUCGCGCAUGACAGACCUAAAGCUUCAGAUUGUGAACCAAACUCACCCGAGUGUAGAAGACAACAGCUUGAAGGAAGAUUUUAAAUUCGAUACACGUAAGCGAAGAGCGCAAUCAGAGCCAAAAGAGGAUGCAGCAACUAAAAGAGUAAAAACGAGAAACACUGAAAGCCUUAUUGACAAUCUUAAAACGGAACCGAACUAUACGAAAUUCAAGGAAAUAUUUGAGAGAUUCGAUAUAGUGCAGCUCCAACAAGAUGACUAUGAUGUGACCGAGGAUUAUUCCGAUUUGCGCAAUUUGAGUAUUAGCUUUGAUUUGCAUCUACACAACGAGGGUUUCAGGCGCAGUGCGCCAAAGGCGCCCACAUUCGGCGUCGUUAUAGUGCCAACAGAUGAACCAUUUCCCACCCAUAAUGAGAUGAUCAAGUGCCAACGCCAGCAGCACUCAAUUCUCUCAAUUUCCUCACCCACUGCUGGUGCCCCGCCGUUGCUUGUCAUAUCCGUUAGCGAAUCUAAACAAAUUCAGGCGUUUCUAUAUUAUAUGAGCUGAUGAUUUUUGCGAUAGCUCAAUUAAUUGUGUGUAUAAUUGUUUGCUAAUUUAUAUUUCGUCUCAAUAAAAUACGCAAUCAUUAUUCGAGUGACGUACAAAAUGUUAAGCCUGUUGGCAUUCUAAAUUUUUUUAUUGUCAUGUUUUUAUCAUUUUGUUUCAGAAUAUUUUAAAUUUGUAUACAUUUUUCUUGAAAUCGAUUGCAAUGAAUGUGCCGAUUGUUUGGGUGAUGGGCGGACCAAGUAGCGGAAAGAGCACGAUGUCCCAAAAUAUUGUGGAUAAAUUCGGUCUAACUCCGUCAAGGGUGUUGAAUUUGCUGCACAGCGUCAAGAGGGUCACGAAGUUCCCCUCGCGGAAUGUGUGCACCUGCUAGAAAGCGAAAUCAUGAGCAAUAGAGGUUCUCUCAGAGGUUUCGUUAUAGAUGGCUAUCCGCAAAAUCAGAGUGAUGCUAAAAUUUUGGAGCAAAGCAUCGGAGUUCCCGAUUUGAUCAUUGCUUUGGAAAUUGGCCAGCAAACAGCGGAGACGCGUAGAUCGGUAGAUAGCACCACUCUCCCAUCAACAGUUAGUUCCUAUAUGAGAAAUGCUGAGCCGGUGUUAGCUCAAUAUUCGGAUAAAAUAAUGCAAAUUGAUGCGGAACGCAAUUCCAGCGACAUUUUCAAUGAUGUAGUGCCCAAUAUAGACGCAAUUGCUAAGAGUUAUGGCAAUCCUAUUGCAAUUUCACGUUCCUCACAUUAACAUGGCGCAAUUAAUCAAAAUUAAAGUUGUAAACACAAAAAAUCUUAAAAUUGUAUUGCACAGA